AUGGAUUCUCCUGAUGCUGUUCCAAUUCUCACUCCCAUUGCCUGUUUGGUUCUACAGAAACGAAUCAAUCUCACUGUGGUAGACUAUAUGCAGUUCCUGUGGUUUGACAGCGACGACCCGAAUCCGAGGAUGGAGGUGUGGGCUCUAUGGAUGGAGCAGGAGGGGCCGGAGUAUUGGGAUUGGAACAUGCAGGGCAUCAAGGACACUGCCCAGACUUUCGGAGUGAACCUGAACUCCCUGAGGGGCUACUACAACCAGAGCAAAGUGGGUGAGCAACACGGGCCCGGAUCCAGGUCACUACUCCCACCCCCAGGUACCAGCCAGGUUGCCUCAACACAGGUGGACCUGCUGGGGACCUUCACCCAGCCAGAGUCGGCAGAGAUCAAAUUACCAACAUCCACCAGAUCACGGAAAAGGACGGCGGCAGACACGGCAGCUCAGAUCACCAAGCGCAAGUGAGAGGCCUCUGGUGAUGCACAGCACUACAGAAACUACCUGGAGGGCACGUGCAUGGAGCGGCUCCACAGAUUCCAGGAGAAGGAGGACACACUGCUGCGCACAGACCCUCCAAAGAUCCAUAUGACUCAUCACCCCAUCUCUGACCUUGAGGUCAUCCUGAGGUUCUGGGCCCUGGGCUUCUACCCUGAGAUUUCACUGACCUGGCAGCAUGAUGGGGAGGACCUAACCCAGGACAUGGAGCUUGUGGAGACCAGGCCUUCAGGAGACGGAACCUUCCAGAAGUGGGUGGCCCUGGUGGUGCCUUCUGGAGAGGAGCAGAGAUACACCUGCCGUGUGCAACAUGAGGGGCUUCAGGAGCCCCUCACCCUGAGAUGGCAACCUCCUCAGCCCUCCAUCCCCAAUGGCAUCAUUGUUGGCCUGGUUCUCCUCGUGGUGGCUGUGGUGAGUGGAGCUGUGAUCUGGAAGAAGUGCUCAGGUGUGGGACAGCUACCUGUGUGGGACGAGUAA